GGGCUAGCGGGAGGAGGCAGGGAUGGGGGAGACCGCGGCUUCCUCCCCUUUUCCCCCACCCCCGGCUCGCUCCCUCCUUCCCUCCUUCCCUCCUUCCCAGCCUGGCCUCCUCUGUUCCCAGUCUCGGGGCUCCUCUUAGCCCGCUGCCGUUUGGAGAGAGUUGCCUUUUCGCGGGGACUUCUUUUCUGUCCCCGAUUCGGACCCCCAAUCUCCCUCAGUCUCAUCCCCCAGCACCAGCAGCGGCAGCAGCGGCGGGGCUGAGUGACCGAAGCCUCUCCCCCCAACCCCCCGGUAACCUUGGAGGCGCCCUCGCACACUCUGGGAAACACAAAUAAAAUGGAAUAGAACAUCCCUGGCCCCAAGGAUCCAACAACCUACUCAGGGAGAUAAGCCCUAUAUACCUCGGACAACAAGAGAAUAAGCAAGCAAAUUUGGAAACCUAUGAACCAGAAGACUAGACAGAGAGACAGUAUGUUAAUUGUAUAAAUGAAGAGGAAGAGAGAAGCUCUCCAACGUGCCUAUGGCCCAGAUGUGAGUACACGAAGAGGAGCAACCAGGAAACCACAGCUUGCCUCCAUGGUCACUGAGCAGAAGCAGUGUGGCACUAACACUGAGUGCAGGUGAUAGACUAUCUAGACCUGGAACUCAAGCCCUAGAGACCUUGGAGCCAGGAAUCCAGGCUGAAUAUCACUGCCCACCCAGCAGGGAAGUUUAAGUCCAGGGGAGCUUUGGACUUGGAGCCCAAUGAGACCAUGCUUUAUAAAGCUGUGACCUAAUCCUCCCCGCCCCUCAAGACGUCAGGUAAAAGAGAAUCGAACCAAUUCCGUGAUGACCAAGACAGCCCCUCCUGGAUGGCUGUUGCUCAAGUCCCCAGAGCAGGCAGGCCUUCAGAAAGAUCAUCUAACUUACAAAUGGGAGAAAGAAGAGUUGGCGAUUCUUAGAAAUGGAAGGGAAUUUGACCUCACAUCUGAAACAAGGACACGUACCUACAAGAACAAAAAACUCCGAUUUCAAAAUGUAGUCUUAAAAUUGCCUCUUUUUCAAGGAAAAAAAGCAAACAAUGGAAUCAGAAAAGCAACUCUGCCCCAAGGACAGUUGGGAAGGAAAAACGUCAGCCCAGCUUUGACAAAAACAAGGGUGUCAGCAUUGGUGAGAAAAACAAGACGUAUAGAGAAACAGAAUAACAUAAAGGUCGAGCUGCAAAAGGAAUUGGAAAAUGCUCCAAAUAGGAAAAUAAGGCCGUCAGCAGAAACCCCACUCCAGUUUGCCACAGUGGAACUCAACAGGUUGGCCAGAAAAUGGUGGUGGCUAAAAGGGGCAUUUUUAAAAGCACCCCUAAAUACUUUGGCAUCCACUGUAAGAAACAAUCAGGGGACCAGAAGAAAUCUGGAGGACGAUCCCCAGCCCCAAAAGAAGGAUGUCCUCAGCAGACCUUUAAAACCAAAGGAAACAGUGAGGCAAGCUAUCAGAAUUUGGAAACUGUAUAAUCUGAGGAUAGCCCGUAAGGAGCCUUGCAAAUCAGCGAAUUCAGAAAGAGCCCCAAGUGUGGAAGGCAAAGGAGAGCCAGAGAAAGAUGAAAUUGUUCUGAAAGCCCUGUGUGGAAGACGAGGGUCUUUAAAUGGCUCAGCAAAUGGUACCAGUACUUGGAAGGUACGAUCAAGAUUUAAAAUACUUUUUGGACAUUCCACCAAAAUGGGAAAGGCUCUUCCAACCUCACUAACCUCCGUGGAAACAAAAUCAGUGGUCAUCCAACUGACCCAAGGAUUUGGGAACCGAGUCAUUUUGUCUGUUGCAGAAUACGCCCACAUUAGUGAUGGCGGCUCUAGAGACCCUUGCAGAAGAAAGAAUAGCACAGAGUCAAGACAUAUCAUUCAAAUUCUUUCAAGAAAUGAAAGUCAAGAAGCUAAAGCAUAUAAAGACUUUAUACGAGAAAAAUUAAAAUUCUUAUUUAAAGCAAUAUCAAAAGACAGAGAAUACAGGGUGAAAAUUUGGUCUGUCUAUGUAAGGGUGCCUUUAAAACUUCAUGAAAGAAAAGCAAAAACAUUUCAAAGGAAAAUUGACAGACUGGCGGAUCAAGAUAGAAGUCCAACAGAACCAGGAGCUCCCAAAAGAAAACCAGAGGUGGGCCCAGGAGCCCCUGAACUGGAAGAUGAAGGGAAAACAUCUCAGUGGUUAAAGUUGGAGGAAGGUGGGGGGAAAAAUUCAUGGAACAAGGCACAAGUUCCAUCCAUGGGCUUGCUCCUCAGUCAGCUUUAUGCUUUUAUUAUCAGAUCACACUUUAAUGAUUCAGUUAUGUUGCAAGAGAAGUUGACUAAAUUUAUUGAGACAUUUAUGGCACACCUGCCCAGAAAAAGCCAACCACAGCUUGCCAAGCUGACUGGAGUCUUGACAGCUCUUAAAGCUGUCAUCUCACCGAAGGCGUCUUCCUUUCCAUUGGAAUCACAACAGGCCAACUCUAUUAGAAAUCUGGGGAAAAUAAGGAGGCUUAUAUUGAAUUUGUGGCAAACAAAACAUAUAUUUCCCACUGUUCUCCCAGGUGAUUUAAAGUUGAGAGGCAAAAAUCCUGCUAAACGCAAUGAUCAUGACGUGAGUGUGACCAUUCAGUACCGGAAAUUCCUUCAUGACAGUGAGAGUUUAUCAUCUGACUUCUUGUAUUUCCCUGGGUUUGCUCCUUCGAAUGAACUAAGUAAGAGACAGAAACGUGAUGCUAAUCAGGGCACUGAGAUGAUCCAAGUCCCUCUAGAUUUUCUGAACCACCUUUCGUCCUUUCUUGGGAUCGGGGUCAGUGUUGUGGCGGUGGCCUUCAUUGUUCUGUCAGUAGUGGUCGGAGUCCUGUUUUACAAGCGGAGGGAACUAUUUCAAGUUUCUAAAGUUACAGUAAUUGAUAGAAAAUGCCAGGAGAAAUUAUCCAGUACCACAAUGGAUUCAUGCUUCUGUGGUGUUCCUUUGUCUCGAUGUUUUCAUUCUAGUGGAUUACAGCAGGUCUCAAGAGAUAAAGAAUUAGAACUUCAAGGAGCUCUUCAAAAGCGUAAGCGGAGGAAAUUGGGCCUUGUGAUGACAUCCGUGACUUCGGACAUCUCAGACACCAGCUCCCAUGUGGAGAACAUGACCCUGGACCAGAGGUCCUCCUUGUCAUCAUCGUCAUUGGGCUCUUUUUGUAUCCAAAGCUUAGAAGCUUCUAGGGACUGGUUUUCUGAUGAAGAAGCCUCCCUUUGCUCCUCCUCCAUGAAGGGUAGCUUUGUGGACAGAGUGCAGGUGUACCUAGAGAACAUGAAUGAUGCUGAAAACUUCCAGGAAUUCCAUUGUGGUGGGACAGUCAGUGAGGAUCAAAACUAUCUCGGCUUGGAAAAGACAAAUCAACAGAAAAUGCAGAUGCCUAAAUCAGUCUCUAACCCCCUCAAGGCUUCUUCUGGCAUUCCAUGUCCAACAGAAUCAAGGUAUGACCCCACCAAAGCUUCUACUAGUAUCCCAUGUCCAUUAGAAUCAAGGGCUAAUGCCUCAGAAAUGUCUUCUGGCAUCCCACAUCCACCACAAUCAAAGGAUGACCCCUCCAGAUCUUCUACUAGUUUCCCAUGUCUGCCACAAUCAAGGGCUAAUGCCUUAGGAGCUUCUUUUGGCAUCCCAUGUCCACCAGAAUCAAGGAACGACUCCUUCAGAGCAACUACUAGUAUCCCAUGUCCACCACUGUCAAGGGCUUCUACUAGCAUCCCAUGUCCAUCAGAAUCAAGGGACAAUCCCUCCGGAGCUUCUCCUAGUAUCCCAUGUCUACCACAACCAGGCAGUAAUGCCUCAACAGUUGCUUCUGACAUCUCAUGUCUACUACAAUCAAGCGAAACAUCAAUGGAUAGUCCCAUUUCUGAGCCUAAGUAGGUCCAGGCCAAGUAAGAGCUCAUUUUGGUCUGUGGCUCAAAAUGGACUUUCUGGAAAUAAUUAGACAGAGCCUCCUUACCCAGGCCUAUAAGUCUAAGACAAGAUCAUACAAGGUGUAGGACAAGCAUCCCAGCACAGAUUUAGCUAAUUAGUGAAUAAACUGUAUUUAACUCUCAGCACC